AGGCCCAGACCCAGCCGUCACCAUGUCGAGCAAACGUGCCAAGGGAAAGACCACCAAGAAGCGUCCCCAGAGGGCCACCUCCAACGUCUUCGCCAUGUUCGACCAGUCUCAGAUCCAAGAGUUCAAAGAGGCGUUCAACAUGAUCGACCAGAACAGAGACGGUUUCAUCGACAAGGAGGAUCUGCACGACAUGUUGGCCUCUCUGGGUAAGAACCCCUCUGACGAAUACCUGGAGGGGAUGAUGAGCGAAGCACCAGGGCCCAUCAACUUCACCAUGUUCCUCACCAUGUUUGGAGAGAGGCUCAACGGGACGGACCCCGAGGACGUCAUCCGCAACGCCUUCGCCUGUUUUGAUGAGGAGGGAUCUGGUGUGAUCCACGAGGAUCAUCUGAGGGAGCUGCUGACCACCAUGGGCGAUCGCUUCACAGAUGAAGAGGUGGACGAGCUGUUCCGCGAGGCGCCCAUUGACAAGAAGGGCAACUUUAACUAUGCAGAGUUCACCCGCAUCCUCAAACACGGCGCCAAAGACAAGGAUGAUGAGUAGAACGAGAGACACCGACUGCACCGCAAAUCAAUCCCUCGUUCCUACCUCGGAGAGAAAUUGAAAGAAAAAUGUAUCAGUCUUUUAUAAAAUUGUUUUACAGUUAUUUAGAUUUAAAUAUGAAAGGUAGGAGCUUGGGAUUCAUUUGGGAUCCAUAAAAAUAUUUUUGCAAUACACCCACUUUUCAUCAUCUUUGAAGGUUACCAUGAAGAGAGGUGUAUUUGCAUCGCAUAUAGCUACAAGUCUACUGCGGCUUCAGCCACUUUGACUGCUGGUUGGACGUUUGAGAUGCAUCAAACAUCGUGUGUGCGGAGGUGUUUUUGGACUGUAAGAUUCACAUACCAGCAAUGUUUACCUCUUCUUCCUGCCAAUUAGCUACCGCACCUGCACAAGCACUGCAACAAGUCUCCAUAUCUGCCAUAUAUUUGUAUCCCUGUAUGCAAGAAACGGAUAAAGGAAAUUUGAUCGUUUUGUUUUAAUUAAAAGUGGUGAGUACUUGUGCUUGAUGAACUGUUAGCAGAGCUUUUAGUGUAAACUCGUCCUCCCAUCAGCUGGUUGUGUGUAUUUGUUGAAGGAUCAGGUAUGUUUUUAGUGUUGUUGAAGGAAUUCAGGCUUGAAUUGUUGCUCAGGCAAAUAAAGUAAAGUUUAUUCAUGCCAAUGACCGCAAAAACAGUGUA